UCAAGUUCAGUCUGGAUAUGGCGUCGCUGCACCGACACAGGAUGCAUUUUCACCUCUCCGUGGGAAUUUGCCAGUCACGUACCGGGACGGCACUUCUUGGUUUUGGUCACUGUUAAUACCGCACAUCCAUGGCGAUGGAGGACGAAGACAAUAAUACAGCGGUCGUUGCGACUAACACCCAAACGGGCAUCAAGAAAGGAGGUGAUGUCGGAGAUAACGGGACUUGCAUAGACAGGCAGCCGGACACGGUGGUCCAUCAAGCGGGGCUGAAUCAGACUGCAGGUCGUGGCAGCCGCAGUGGUACGGGAGCUCAUGCUGCAACGGGGAUCCGAGUGCUAAAGCGCAACAUAAAGCGGAAUGGGAGUCGUGGUUGUGUGACAAGAAAGACCAGAUUUGGAUCACGAGAGCGGGACUGGCUAAAGGGGGACACCCAGCGGGGCUGUGUGUGUCUGUAUGGGGGGACAGUGGACCCUCAGCCACCUGCCUCUGGCCCACAGGCCUCUUCCACCCCACAGACAGACCUGCAGUUGGUGCUCUGCUCUACCAGUACCACAGUAGAAGAGCUGUGUUCUCAGAGGGAUGGACAAGGACUUUAUGUUCAGCUGCAUGGAGACCUAGUCAGGAGGCUGGACCCCUCUGAGCGUCCGCUCCAGAUGCUGUAUGACUACCUGGCAGCUAUGGGCUAUGCAGACCCUGUGCGAGUGCAACAAGAAGCAGCCAACUCAGACCUCAGCUGUUUGAUCCGUUUCUACAGUGAACAUCCAGUGAAUGCAGACCAGCAAGAGCGCACUUUGCUAAAAGGCGUAUUCAGCGUCAGGAAGGGCAAGACGCAGCUGCACAAGUGGGCAGAACGGCAGGUCAUUCUCUGUGGCACCUGUCUAAUCGUGGCCUCUGUGAAAGACAGCCUGACUGGGAAGAUGCACAUCUUACCCCUGGUGGGGGGAAAGGUGGAGGAGGUGAAGCGGAGGCAACACUGUCUGAUGUUCAGCUCUGCGGGAUCACAGGCCCAGACAUACUUUGUCAACUUUGACACACUUGCAGACUACCAGCGAUGGCAUCGGCAGGCAUCAAAAGUGGUGUCUCAGACAGUCAGCAUGGUGGAUCUGUCUUGCUACAGUCUGGAAGCAGUGCCUGAGUAUCUGUUCUAUAGCCAGGACAUCACCCAUCUCAACCUGCGACACAACUUCAUGAGCCUGCAGGGCCCUGGAGGCCUGCUCAAUCUCCCCAGGUUUUCCCAGCUGAAGAGCCUGAACUUGUCUCACAACCGUUUGGGAGUAUUCCCUGAAUGUGUGUGUGAGAUCCUCACCCUGACUGAGCUCAACCUCUCCUGUAAUAAUCUCCACACUGUCCCUGUACAGAUAGGCAACCUUCAAAGCCUGCAGACGCUGUCUUUGGAUGGAAACCACCUCAGCUCGCUGCCUGAAGAGCUGGGUGGCCUGCCCCAGCUCAACAGCUUGGGGUUCUCCUUCAACAACUUCUCUCAUAUCCCUGCUGUGCUGGAGAGAUUGAGUGCAAUGGACAAGCUGGCCAUGGCUGGGAACAGAGUGGAGAGUCUGGAGUUGUGCACUCUGGCCAGAUUGAGCCACCUGAAAAACAUCGACCUCCGGCUGAAUGGGCUGCGCUGUGUGAAAAGUGAUAGUCCAGACGCAGUGAGCCAGGUGACCCAGCUGGACUUACGGGACAACUGCUUGGACUCACUAGACCUGAGCUCCAUCUGCAACCUGGAGACUCUGCACUGCCAGCGCAACCAGCUGGGGACACUCACACUCAGCGGUUUCACACUGCGCAUGCUUCAUGCCAGCAGCAACCGCCUCACAACAGUCAACAUCUAUCCAGUCCCUAACCAACUGACACACAUGGAACUAUCACAGAACCUUUUGGAGUACCUCCCGGACUGGGUGUGUGACUGCAGAAAAAUGGAGAUGCUGGACGUCACACAUAACCUCCUGUCUGAGCUUCCUUCCAGACUGCUCAACAGCUUGAGUUUGAGAAAGCUCCUGGCGGGGAACAAUCGUUUGCAGAGAGUGCCUGACCUACUUGACCAUGUCCCUCUGGAAGCCCUAGACCUCCAGCACAACAAGCUAGCUGAGCUCCCUGAGAGUCUCUUUUACAAAGCCUUAAACCUAAAAUACUUAAAUGUGUCAGCCAAUGCCCUGGAAAGUAUUCCUCCCAGCAGCCAAUCAGAGGAGAGCCUCAGCACACUCCAGGAGCUCUACCUGACGUGGAACAACCUGAAUGAGAACUGUGGUGCUCUGCUGGUUGGACACCAGAACCUGCGGGUCCUUCACAUUGCCUACAACCAGUUACUCUCCUUCCCUGCCAGUAAGCUGAGUAAGCUGGAGCUGCUGGAGGAGCUAAAUCUAAGCGGCAACAAGUUAAAGACUAUCCCCUCCACUGUGUCCAGCUGUAAGAGACUGCACACUCUCAUAGCACACUCCAACCACAUAACUGUCUUCCCAGAGAUCCUCAACCUGCCUGAGAUCAAGCUUGUAGAUCUAAGCUGUAAUGAGCUGACUGAGAUCCAGCUGCCUGACUCGCUGCCUGCUACUCUGCAAGAGCUGGACCUGACAGGCAACAGCAGCCUGAUGCUGGAACACAAGACCCUCAACCUCUUCAGUCAUAUCACCACCCUGAAAUUAGACCAGAAAUCCACCACGACAGCAGGGGACUCACUGAGUGUCUCCACUCCAUGGAACCAUGGUUACUCUGAAAUGAGCGGCCAAAGGAACAAGUUGUGUGUGUCUGUGCUGACUGUUGACCAGUUUGGAGACAGUGUGGAAGCGUGUUAUGGUAUCUUUGAUGGAGACCGCAAUGAGGAAGUGCCUCGGCUGCUACAGUGCACCAUGGGAGAUGUGCUGUGUGAGGAACUGCAGCACUCCAGUAUCGACAGUGUUUAUAUGUGCAACACUUUCCUCACCUCACACAGGAAACUAGGUAUGGCUGGCCAGAAACUGGGUGCUUCUGCUUUGCUGUGUUAUAUCCACCAUGAACCUUCAGAUCCAGGAGGCUACUUCAGCCUUACCGUGGCCAACGUGGGCACCUGCCAGGCAGUGCUGUGCCGGGAUGGCCGACCUGUAUCUCUCUCUAAGGUUUACAGCUUGGAGAACUGCACUGAGGAGAUGGAGAGAGUUAAACUCAGUAAAGCCAUUAUUACCGAGGAUAACAAAGUGAGUGGAGUGACAUGCUGCUCUCGCCUGCUGGGCUGCUCUUACCUUUCUCCCUGGGUGCUUCCAAAGCCCUGGGUGCACACUGAGCCUCUCUGUUCCCAGGAUGAGUUCUUGAUCCUGGGGAAUCGAGCACUGUUUGAACGGGUCUCCUACCAGGAGGCCGUGUGCACUGUGCAGGCUGUACGAGAUCCACGCGCUGCUGCCAAGAGGCUGUGUUCGCUCGCCCAGAGUUAUGGUUGCAAGGACAACAUUGGGGCUGUGGUGGUGUCCCUGCAUAUUGGCGAGGAUAGCUGUACCUGUGAGCCACCGGUCUCCACCACUGAACCCCGAGGUCCCCCUCCUGCCUCCGCGCCUGUGUCUGUGACCCCAGGCCCCAGUGACCCAGCCACCCUUUCAUCUAGCAGUGGUAUUGUCUCUGAGUUCAACAGUGAGACAUCAGCCUCAGAGGUGGGCAGUGAGGCAGGGUCCACCGCUUCAGAUGAGCACCAAUCCUCUGGCCUUGCAUCCCGCCCAGAGAGACGCUGUAGCCUUCACCCUGCUACUACACUGUGUGGGAUCAUGGUGCCUGGCUCGGCUGGUGCAGGAACACACCCGGGCCUAUUCCAGCGUCAACCCUCCUGUGCUACGUUCUCAAGUAACCAGUCUGACAACGGCUUGGACAGUGAUGAUGAAGCUCCACUUGAGGGUGUUAUCUCCAAUGGCAGCAAGUUAGAAGUAGAGGUGGACAUUCACUGCUGUGCUUUCCAACUACGGUCAGGGGCCCCAGAGAGCCCCAAAGAUUUAGAUCUUGAAAAGCGAGGCUCUGACUAUCCAAAUGGCAAAAUGCGCAGACAGAACAGCGUGGUGGUUUCUGCUACAAACGGCUGCCUGCUGGCUGUAUGUGGGAGAGAGAUUGCUGACCUUAAGAAGUCUCCCUCCACAUCCAGCCUGUUUGGGAAGAAGCUGUCCAAUGGCUCUGUGGUAGCCCCUGAAGACAGUCAUAAUCUUAUUGAGGUGGCCCUGGAGGCUCCUAAAAAGAAGUCUGGUUACUUCACUGCCCCAGCACAGCCGGACCCUGAGGAUCAGCUGAUUGUGCCUCCGAGCUUGGAGCAGGAAGUCAGGGAGCAGCUAAGAGGCCAGAGCCCUCUAAUCUCAGGCUCCUCUGCACCAUCCACAAUCCCCUCCUUAAAAGACUCUGUGUGGGAUCAUCCACACCCUCCUGCAUUUGCCUCCAACCUGGUUCCAGGUUCAGGCCCAGCUCCCAUCCUACAGCAGGAAGUCUAUGAUACUGCCCUCUAGAGGGGGGACACAGCAGAGCGGCAUGUGGCUGCAAUUAUGUGAUUGUGCCAUUCCAGAGAAGAAGAGAUUUUUCUCAUACAUGUGGGAUUUUCCAAUUCAAGUUGCCAUUGAGAUCUUUUGUGAGGACAAGACAAACAUGUAUGACCUUGAUAGUUAUCAUCAAUGAUGCUGCAUCAUUAAUUCAAGGUGAAAAAAGGGGUUUCUGUGCAUGGUCUGAGUAUCCAAGAAAGUAGGGGUGACCAAGGUCCCAGUUCAUAACAUGAUGUUGUGAAAAGGAUGGCUGGCUAUCAUAGAGCAAAACAAACCUGACCUGAAAUGGGUUACCUCAUGUGUUAAAAACAUGUCAGCAACUUUUCCCUUUACUUGGAAAGUCAAGCAGUCUGGAGGGUGUAUAUGGGAUGAUGUUCAGUGAGGGCAAAUCUCCUCUCCAGGGGCUUUGUGGUCUCUCUGGUCCUGGAGAGAGGCCCUCUAACUGCAACUUGAAAAAGUGCCUACUGUGGACGAUUCAGCCUAGAGCUCCUCCACAUCCAGGCUGUGUUUGGGGAUGUGAGUUUCUUAGUUAAAUUUGGAGGAGGGACAGUGUUUCCACGAGACCAGCACUGGCACAGCUUUUGCUCUCCUCCUCCUGUGGCUUACAAAGGAAAUCAGACAGAAUAAAGGCUUGUAAGGCACAUUGGACUAGAAGAUGUGAAGAUAAAAUAACUGCAUUUAUAUGGCCAGAAACAUUAUGUUUAUUUUUUAUUUCUUAUAUCCCCACACAAAAUGUAUGGAAUCUUCUAUAUAGGGUAAAUUAAUUCUAUACAGUAUGGUACACAACUACACAACAGCCAACUCAAAUCAAAAAGUAUUGCUGUUUAGAGCAAUGUAUUUUGAAUAACUGACAAAAAUUAUAAUAUCGAAGUCAUUCAACUGUACAGAGCUGGUGUGUUGUAGAAUCCAAAAAUCCUUAUAACAAUAUAAUCUGUGACAGUGCAUGAUCAAAUGAUCUCCUUUAAAACAACAUAAGAAAAUAAAGUUAAUUUAAAUUUAGUCAGUUCAAUUGUCACUGGAUAGUGGACUGGAGAGCCCAAGAUGUUCGGAUAUCAUUUAAUUUCAGUCAUUCGAACAAACCAGUCAAGGCACAAAAGUGAAUUAUUACACUGUAUACUAUCAAGAGAAGAAGGGUACAUAUAUAAUUUGUAUGUACUGCAGGUUACUGACAUUUUUACUUUUCAUAUCAAAUUCUUUUUUCAGCUUAGAUCUCGAAUGUACUACCCACACAAGCAGAUGAUUUUCAUGGUGUGUUAUUUUGGCCCAUUACACACGGAAUUGACACCGUUUUGUCUUGUAUUCUGUAACUGGUCUGUGUACACCAGGUGUCACAAAGUUUGGGACCGAACCCACAGUUCUAGAAAUAAGCGCACAAGUUGUGACAUAGAAACAAAUUAUGCCUUACUAUAAUUUCAUAUAGCUCUCCUUUUCACUCGCACAUAUUGCAUUUAUCCUUAUUGCAGAUCGGGGGCAAUGCUUCUGUAGGAUUCAACUCACAGGUUAAAUAUAAAAAUUAUUACCAGUGCAGCAGCAAUAUGAGGUGGUAUAAUAACAUACUGAUUCACAGGAUUUUUUUUUCCCAAUUUAGUUACAUUGAGUGUGUUCCCAAGUUUUUUAAUAUAUUGGAUCAAUCAUAUUUAUCUCAUCUGAGCGUAGCCUGUCAAAAACUGCAUUAUUUAAAUUAUCAGUUAAAUAUCAUGCAGCCCUGGAAAACUUCAGUUUGCCCGUUCCUGUACCUCCCCACCUUGUGCCAUAAGAGCAGGUAGCUCUGCUGGGGCUGCUGUGGUUAUAAGAAGGCCAAAGUUGGGUAAUUGCUCAUGUCAGUGAUUACUGCAUUAGAUGUAUAUUUUUAGUUAACACUCCAAGUUGAUAGUGGUGCAGUUCUGGCAUUCCAUAGCAUUUGCAUAGCUGGACCUUUCAGUGUUCCCUUUUAGCCUUAAAAUAACACUACUCAGUAUUUUUGAAAGGAGGAGCCAUUUCUUUCAUCCCACUCUUGUUCUGUUUGUGACUGAGGUCUUUAGCUCAGGGGGUGUUGUUAGUUAAAGCAACCCCUCUAUCCUUAUUUUGCUCCGUGGGAAUGAGUGAUAAGUCGCUGAUGAAGCCUUAAUUGAUGUGUGAGUCUGAAUCUUUUGUUGUUAUUUGCAAGUUUUGUCUCUUGAAACAAACAAACACUGUUAAAAGCACUUUGUAUAUAGAAAAUAGUAAUUUUCAAAGUUAUGUAUAUUUGAGUUUACUAUAUGAGAUAUUGAUCAACACAGUGUGCUGGGAUUACUGAGGCUUCCCUCAGCCCAACAUAUCACCUCUUGUCUAAGAAUACAUAGCCAGUGGAAAUGAUGAUGAUGAUGUAAAGUGACAAUAAUUCAUUUACAACAUUCACUUUUUGGUGUGUUUUUUAUUAUAUUAAACAUUUCUUAGUUUAUUAGUUUUUGUUUGCUCUCAGCUACAUCUGAAUUUUUCAGAGCGUAUUUACCUAUCUUAGUACCAAACAGCAUAAUAUACAUAUUUAACAACUCUAACACUAUUUGCCAACAUAACUGUUACUCUAUAAUAAUGUAAAUCAUUGGGGCCCCGUGAGGACAUACAGAUAUGUUUUACAGUAUUUAUAUCUAGUAUCAGUAUUUGGUUGAAGCAUUGUGAUAAUUGAUACCUAUACUAACCAUCUGGCAUAUCAAGGUUUCUGAAAUCCCUCCAUAAUAAUGACAAGUCAGGGAAACAGAACUCUAAGAUAAUAAGUUUACAUCAAACCACUGAUAUUGUCUUUAUUAUGCUUAUUCAAAAUUCAAAUACUGAUUUCAACUAAAGUUUUGGAUUCCUAACUAGACUGAUAAGGCUAAUAAUUUAUUUCUAGUCACUUUAUUGAUCAGACGGUGCAGUGUCUAAGAUGCCAAACACUGGGGACUCUGUGGUUCUGACUGUAGCCUGUAACCCACACAUGUUGUCCAGCAUCUGGACUGAUGGCAGUGAGACUCUGAUGGCCACUGCAGGCGCACCUGCCACAGGAGGAGCUUGAGAAGCUGUAAGACAAAUGAUUGUGAAUAGUAUUAGUAUACAUCAGAAACAAGUAAAAGUAAACAGGGAAACUGAGUUCUUUAGCAGGUUUGAAGAGGAGAAAAGGAACUUUCUUUAACUUUUAGUUGGUAGUAGUGUUUGCAACAGAUCUUGGGAAUUCCCUCAUACAAAUAUGCAAAGUGUCAAUUGUAUUGUAUAUGUAUAUAUACACAUAUAUAUAUACAUACAUACAUUUAUAUCAGAGCUUCUUUUUCCAUCACAUAAAACUACAAGAAUCCUUUUUCUCAAUAUCUGAAAAUGAAUAUUGACUGAUGUAUGUAUGUGCGGUGUAUGUACUUGGAACUGCGUGUGUAAGUUUCAUUGCUCUUUUAUUGUGUGAGUACGUCUCUUCCUUUCGCUCAUUUGCAAUGUAAUUUGAUUAUUCUGGUCCCAGUUUUGCCAAGUCAGGCUCCGACUGUAUUGCAGUGCUACGUUUAUUGUUCUUCAGAGCCACCUGGGUCAGUUUCUUAAACAGUUGUACACUCAUUGUAAAUGAAUUCUGUCUGUCUUCUGGUUGAUGUCAUAUAUUCACCUACUGUCCUGUCCUUCCAACAUGAAGCGUAUUUGAAUAAUGAUCCAUUACUAGACUAAUCAGUGUGCAUGUACAUAUGCCAACUGUGUGGGUAGAUACAGGAAGAGGAAGCACAGGGUACAGUGCAUUGAAUUAAAUAUUCCCUUUAAUUCUUUAGUGGAGGGGGUCCAGUAUUAUAAUGCUCAUAAACCCCUUCCUGCACCAAAAAAGAGGGUAUGUGCAUUUGAGUAGGCUACAGUGUCAAUGUUUUUUUUAACUGCUGAUCAUUUAUUAACUGUUAAUGAUCAUUUCCUCUCUGCACAACUUAACAAGCUCCUUGUACAACUACAGUAUGUUGCAAAAUGUCUGUUUGUGUGUGUGUGUAAAAUGAAGCUUAAGUGCACACGUACAGUAAGUGUAUGCAUGCUUGUGUGAAUAAUGGAUUGACUGUAAUUCUGUGUGAAUAUGGUGAAUGAAACUGAUCGAAGAUGCUCCAGUUGUUUAACAUGUGACCAAAGUAGCCAUUGUUUAAUCUCACAGUUCCUUUCUGUACAUUAUUUUCUAGAAAUGCUUUGAAUAUUUUUUUCUCAAUGCCAAGAAGCUGAUGUUUAUUUUUGUACUUCAUCGUUCCAUGCAAAUCUAUAUUUCCCUCUCCACUACAGAAUUUAAAGUGACUGGGAUUCUACAGAAUACUGUCUCUCAUUACGGUACUUUAUUUGAAGGUACUAAUUAUAACUGUAUUUAAUGUUGAAAGCAUGCCCUAAAUAUAAGUCAACUUAAAAACAUAAGAGUGCAUACAAAAUGUGAUUUAUUUGUACAAACUGGAGCAUAUCUAAUAUUUUUGGGUUUGUAUUCUAGCAUGCAGAUUACUGCUAAAAUUUAGUUUUAUGUUUACUAAUUACAAGAUUUAUGAUUUAGGAACAGGACUAACAAUGAGCACUUUUGCUGUUUGUCAGACAGAACUGUAUUCCCCUGAACUUUGAGAGUGGAAGGUAGUUGUUAUUUUAUUUGAAAUGCUGCUAUCAUUAGUUUUGAGCAGACACGCUGUUUCUAAAUUAACUUUAAGCCAAGUAGCAAUAAAACUUUUUACUGUGA